CGUGAGUGCUCGGAGCUGGUCCUUUCACUGCUGGAGUGAAAUUAAAUCAGUCACACCUGCGAGGGUCUCCCUGUGCGGGGGUGUCAGCAGAUGGACAAAUAGACCACCGUGAACUGUCAUCUAUAUCUGAUCUGCUUCUAUACUGCUGAGGAUCAGCUAGACGCUAAACCAUCAUCCUGCAGUGCCUGAGGUUUUGUUACCCUACCCCAUCCCCUGUCGUCAUGGCGCCAAAGGACGUCAUGACCAAUUCGCAUGCUAAAUCCAUCUUGAAUGCCAUGAAUGCCCUAAGAAAGAGCAACACACUGUGUGACAUCACUCUGAGGGUGGAGGGCACAGAUUUUCCAGCCCACCGCAUAGUGCUGGCCGCCUGCAGUGAUUAUUUCUGUGCCAUGUUCACGAGUGAGCUUGCUGAAAAAGGGAAGUCCUUUGUGGACAUUCAAGGCCUGACUGCAUCCACCAUGGAGAUCCUGCUGGAUUUUGUUUACACAGAGACGGUGCUGGUUACUGUGGAAAAUGUGCAGGAGUUGCUGCCCGCUGCCUGUCUGCUGCAACUAAAAGGUGUCAAGAGAGCCUGCUGUGAUUUUCUUAACAGUCAGUUGGAUCCAUCGAAUUGUCUGGGAAUCAGAGACUUUGCGGAAACGCACAACUGCCUGGAUCUGAUGCAGGCGGCGGAGCUCUUUUCACAGAAACACUUUGCUGAGGUGGUGCAGCAGGAGGAGUUCAUGCUGCUAAGUCAGAAUGAGGUGGAAAAACUUAUCAAAUGUGACGAGAUCCAGGUUGACUCGGAGGAGCCUGUAUUUGAAGCCGUUCUGAAUUGGGUGAAGCACAACAGAAAGGAGAGAGAGCCGUAUCUCCCUGAUCUGCUGGAGUAUGUGCGCAUGCCGCUCCUCACCCCCCGAUACAUCACAGAUGUCAUUGACACAGAGCCACUGAUACACUGCAGUUUACCAUGUCGGGAUUUGGUGGAUGAAGCAAAGAAGUUUCACCUUCGACCAGAGCUGCGCAGCGAGAUGCAAAGCCCUCGAACCCAAGCAAGACUCGGUGCAAAAGAGGUUCUAUUGGUUAUAGGAGGAUUUGGCAGCCAGCAGUCGCCCAUUGAUGUGGUUGAAAAGUACGAUCCUAAAACCAGAGUGUGGAGCUUUCUGCCUAACAUUGCAAGGAAGCGACGCUAUGUUGCCACUGUCGCCCUCAAUGAUCGUGUGUACGUUAUUGGCGGAUACGAUGGGCGAUCACGGCUCAGUUCGGUUGAGUGUUUGGACUACACAGCAGAUGAAGAUGGAGUCUGGUACUCUGUCGCUACAAUGAAUGUGCGACGAGGCCUUGCAGGAGCGACUACCCUUGGAGAUAUGAUCUAUGUUGCGGGUGGAUUUGAUGGCAGCAGACGUCACACCAGCAUGGAGCGUUACGACCCAAAUAUUGACCAGUGGAGCAUGCUGGGAGACAUGCAGACUGCCAGGGAGGGAGCUGGACUUGUGGUUGCCAGCGGACUUAUUUACUGUUUAGGAGGUUACGAUGGUCUGAACAUUUUAAACUCUGUAGAACGGUAUGACCCUCAUACGGGGCACUGGACCAGUGUCACUCCUAUGGCCAACAAACGCUCCGGUGCCGGUGUGGCUUUGCUGAAUGAUCACAUUUAUGUUGUCGGAGGAUUUGAUGGAACGGCCCACCUGUCUUCAGUAGAGGUCUAUAAUAUUCGCACAGAUUAUUGGGCCACUGUAGCCAAUAUGACCACUCCACGCUGCUACGUGGGAGCCACUGUCCUGAGGGGCCGACUUUAUGCCAUUGCAGGAUAUGAUGGUAACUCAUUGCUCAGCAGUAUUGAAUGUUACGACCCUGUGAUCGACAGCUGGGAAGUGGUGACUUCAAUGGCCACACAACGCUGUGAUGCAGGCGUGUGCGUCCUUAGAGAAAAAUGAUCGGAGAUAGGGGCUAAAACAGAGACGCUUGAUACCUGGAUGGUGGGAUCUGCGCUUCACCGCUCAGCGGAUCGGAUCUGAUUUCUGGCCUUUUUAUGGCUCCCUCCUCUUUUUGGACUCAAGUUCUGUUGCCAGCCUGAGAUGUUAUCUGAUGUUUUAUCAUAAUUAACAGUGAAAAGCUAUUAUGUGGUCAAGAUGUGUGUUUUGCCACCAUUUUCCCCAACAUACAGACUGGGAUCUUUCUCACACAACUGGGUCCUCUAAAGUGCAAUAUAAUAUUCUGAGAAAAGAGAGAAGCGUGUGUAUGCCUUACUGCUCAUGUAACUGAAUAGUUACUGACUGACUAAAGGAGAGAAUAUUACCAGAAUCAUCGGAAUGUAAAGACGCAGGUGAUUUCUGUGAUUUCUCUCAUUAUCUGUAAUGUCCGUUAUGACAUUAUUAUCUCUGACAGCUCUCAGGUUGCUGGGGCUGUGCUUAUUGACUCGAACCCUUUAUCAGUGUGCCUGACGUACCAGGGAUAUUUCAUGAUCAUGUACAGAGCCAUCAUAAAGAUGCCACAAUGCCAGUGUGCUGGUGUUUUAUAUGUUUAAUAGUGUGAAUUUGAAUGAAUGAGUAAAUCUAGUCGCGCUCUCUUAUUGAAAACUGAUCUUACUUUGUCUUGAUAACAACUGGAAUAUUGCAAUAUUGACAAAUGAUUAUGAAUGAAGGAUGACUUGCAUGGUGAAUGAUGUUCUGCAGUACAUUAUUGGUGUGGUAUGUUGUUUUAAUAGUGUGAUUCUAUGAUAAAGACAAUAAAGGAAAUGUCUGUUUAUCAUGUA